UUUAAAGUUCUUAUAACUGUUUUGACAGGCGUUCUGUUGCUAUAAAUAUAUACCUCCAUCUUUACAAAUAUUCAUUCAUAAUUUCCAGUCACCAUCAACUUUGCAAAUUGAAACCCUGAAGAAUCCAAUUGAAUCUUCUCCAACUUUCUUACUUUCUUCUUCGUUCGUCUUCUUCCUUUCGCCUUUUGAUUCUUUCUAGUUCACGGUGUUCAAUUUCUUUCUUUCAACUAUAAUUCUUGCAAUUUCUUGAAGUUUUGGAAAUGGCGGAAGAAAGUGCAAUCACACCCUUUGCCGCCGCCGGCACUGCCGUUUCUGAAGUCAAGAGGCGUCUACAUUCUUUCGAGAGCGAACUAGCUCGGAUUCGUAGCGGAGUCAUUGUGGAAGUUAAGGACAUCAAGCAUGCGAUAAUUGCAGAGGAAACUGGUGCGUGUUGUGUUUUGCUCUCCGAACCGAUUCAUAGAGGCAUUUUACGAAUGCCUGACCCGUUACUAUUCAAGGAAAUCAAGAAAGUUGUUUCGAUUCCUGUAAUCGUAAAGAUCCGCGUAGGACACUUCGUCGAAGCGCAGAUUCUUGAUUCUGUUGGUGUGAGGCAUUUCGAUGAGAGCGACAAAGCUUCGGCUGCGGAUGACCAGAAUUUUAUCAACAAGCACAAGUUUAAGGACUCGUAUUUCGUCUGUGGAUGUCGAAACCUAGGAGAGGCAUUGAGGAGAAUAAAGGAAGGUGCGGCAAUGGUGAAGACUCAAGGGGAUAUGUCGUCUUCUUCGGGUAACAUUGCGGAGACGUUGCGUAAUGUGAGGUCUGUGAUGGGUGAGAUUAGAUAUUUACAUAACAUGAAUGACGAUGAGGUUUUCGCUUUCUCGAAAAAGAUCGCUGCGCCUUAUGAUCUUGUCAAGGAAACCAAGGAACUUGGCAGACUACCGGCGAUCCAUUAUGCGGCCGGAGGCAUCGUGACUCCGGCGGAUGCGGCUUUGAUGAUGCAGUUGGGUUGUGAUGGCAUCUUUCUGGGAUCGGAGAUAUUCGACUACCCUAAUCAUCGCGACCGAUUAAGGGGAAUGAUUAAGGCAGUGAGGAAUUACAACAAUCCCGAAGUUCUGGCGGAGGUUAGUUUUGGUUUUGGCGCCGCAUGAGAAUCGGAUCGAACUGUCUGCUUCAAUGGGUGCCUAACUGUUCCAAACAGAGGAUAACAAAAAACCCAGCUGGCAACUCCGGCAAGCCCUCCGGCGACCAGCAUUGUGCCGACGCUCUCUUGGCCGGUCUUCCGGCAGCCAGGAUGAAACUGCUCUCUCAUGCACUCAUA